GGACAGGAGGGGUCAGGCGAGGACAGGCGGGGACAGGAGGGGUCAGCUGGGACUGGCUGGCAGUGGCGUGGGUGUGGAUGCUGGGCUGCAGCCCCAGGGGGGCACGGCCUGCACGGUGGGAUGUCCCCCACGCCAGCCUGUGUGUGAUGCGUGGACCAGGGUGACGUGGACCGUCACCUCACAAUACGGAUCCCCUCUUUAAGUGUGGCUGUGAUUCAGUCUAUGAAAUAAUCGCAUCAUCUUUCUACAUAAGAGCCUUCUUUAUGGUGCCGCCAUGAAAUAUUCAGUUCUGAGUUGUGCUGACCCAGCCGACACGCCGAUGCGGGUGAGUGAGCCGCAGGACAGCCCUUCCCAGGUGCCAGGAGGAUGCUGCGGCUGGGACAGGAGUGCUCAGGGAGUUGCGUAGGCAAGUCCCACCCUGGCACCGGGACCCUCCCCGUAGGCCGCACCCUCCGAUCGGGAGCUCCUGGGUCCACAUCCACCGGGCAGGCUGUGACCUUGAGCAGGAGAUGGCCAGGAAGGGGGUGGGUCUUGGAUUUCCAGGGGAUGCCUUUGGUGAAGGGAAAGUGAAGGCCAGGAUGGGUCGCCCCGGGAGCCACUGAAAGGGCCCCUGUGCCCACGUCACCCUGGACCUGGAGUCCCUCCCUGCCCCUCUCCCCUGCCCAAGCCCCCUUCCUCCGCACCUCCUCCGGCCCCUCCCCAGACAAUGGCUGGGAGGCAGAGUGGGCCCUCAUGCAUGUGCUCUCGGCUGUCCCCCAACCAGAACCAGGUGUGGGACCUCCCCGCCUCCGCCCUUACCAGGCCAAAGGGCUCCCCCUGUCCCGGCCCCUCCUGGGCCUGUUCCUUCCCGGCUGUGCCCUCCAGUUCUGCGACUCGGCUUUCUCCGAGGCCACAGCUGUGGAAGCCACCAGACGGCAUGUUACCAGACGUGUAGCCCCAGGUGUGCGGAAGACUCCAGACGUGUGAAGCCCCUGCAAACUGCACAGCCACGUGAGUCCCUGCUGUCUCACUGGGCCCCUUUGGGGACAAUUCAAGCCAGACCGGCCUCCAGCCCUGCCGGGGACUUCCAGGGCAUGGUCUCGGGCUGGGCGGCGGGGGCGGGGCGGGGGGGGCCCCGGAACGCGACUCGUGCCCCCUGGCGGUGUGCCUUUAAGUCCGCAGUGAAGCAUCAUCACGGGCCGGCGAUGCCACCUGCUGACGCUUCUCAGCAUCCUGACCGGAGCGGCCGCAGCUGCUGCGGUGGGUGCGGUCGGUCGGGGAGGGGCGAGGGGCCCAGGCAGGGCUUACAAAGCCGGCAGAUGCAGACACAGUCACUCCCGCCUAGAGGAAGGGUUUAAAAACUGAAUAGCGUCCACCUACCUAACAGACAUUCGCUAAUCAAGGCAAGGGAGGCAGCGCACAGUAGGUGGAUUUCAAGGGCAAGGGCUUUUCUUCUGGGUCUGAGCAUGCAGAGUUGAAGUAGAAGCCCUUCAGGUGGAGGAGGCUCGGGCAAGGACCAGGGCGGGCCGGCAGGAGACUGGGGGCCAGGACAGCAGGCGGGGGGCUCAGCCCCGCUGCUCUUCAAACCUAGACUUCCACUCUUUUAUAGAUGGAUUUUGGGGGUUUUUUGGCCUUGCCGCGGCUGUCAGAAUCUUAGUUCCCCGACCAGGGAUCGAACCCAGGCCCUCGGUAUUAAGGGCACGGGAGUCCUAACCACUGGACCACGGGGGAAUUCCCAACAGGCUUUCCACUCUUUUGAAGUCCAUACUCCACGUCUACUUAUAAGUCUAAAAACUGUCACAGGGUCUUUGAAUAACUGUUCCCACUUACAAACGUCCAACAUUUUAAACUGCAUUUAUUAGUUUAAUAUAUUUGGUUCCUUAAGUAGUUCGUUGUGUGGAUUAACAAACACAACUUUGGUAACUGAUGUAUAACGUCUAGAAACCUAAUACAUUUGUUAAAAAAUAAUUUUCAGUAAAAGGUAAGAUUGUGACUCACAGAUAUAAAAAUGAGCUCACGUGAAAGAUGUUAUUUACUUAUUAAUCAAGGGAGAACCAGGCAGAUGUUCUAAGCAACUCCAGAGAGAAGCUGCAGGACAGACGUACUGAAAGGUCACUGAUGUUGAAACCAACAGAGGAAAACCUGGUUUCUGCGCAGGGGUCGGGGAGGGGAGAUGGAAUUUCGCAUCUACCCCCUUGGCGGAGCUGAGCUGACUGAAAGUCAGCUCAGACGCCCUCUACACGAUGCAGAAUUUUCCACUGAAACAUAAUUUUUCGGUCUAGAUUACAAGUGUGAACACUGACCUUCAGCCUCACUUAGUAUUCCUGCAGCAUCGUCAGCGUCUAUCUGGGAGGAUUUGUCUGUUACACACUUGCAGACGCGAGGAAGCUGGCGUUCGGCCCACGUUCUCUGACACGUCACAGAAAAGACCAAAUGUGCACAAGUACAUUUGCGAUACUCACAGUAACCUAGGAUAGACUGUGACGUCCUGCCUGUUUGUGCCUGAAUCCCAGCUGAUCCUGGGCAGGACGGGUGUCUCCCACUGGAAUGGUCCUUGGGCCAGGGCCCAUGGUCUCUGGAAGUCCCUGUCACCAGUAGCCGAGCUUCCUGCCGGGCAGAGGCUCCGGGAGACGUGCCGUCCUGCUGAUGAAGACGGUGGCCCCAAAGGCGUGUCUGGGAUGAGCUUACUCUCCUGUGGAAGGGUGUCUUGGGCCUGCCCCAGUGCUGACACACGCAGACGGGCAGCCUUCGAUGAGACCCGGCCCCUGAGUACGAGCUCACCGAGGGGCAGAACCCUGGCUGGGCUCCCACCCCAGCCUCCCUGCUCCCGGGUGUCCAGCAGGAGGCCUUGAUGUGGACAGAAUCAACCGCUGGGCUGAAGGUAGUCAUUUUCAACCCUGGGCUGGAGCCCAGUGAGCCGCCGAUGACAGGGUCUUCGGGGCCGCCAGUUGCCUUCUCUGAUCCUCUGGCCCUCCUGCCUCCCUCCUCCCCUGUGAGGACCCUUGAGAUUACGCUGGGCCCACCUGGACGGUGCAGGACGAUCUCCCCAUCUUGAAAUCAGCCAACUGUCAACCUUCAUUCCAGCUACAGCCUUGACGCCCUUCUGCCAUCCUGCAGGCAGGUCUGUUCGGUCCUAGACGGCCGAGCCUGCCCACGCCCUUGGAACCUGGGGGCCACCGAGGACUGGACUCUGGGCCACCCUCACCGGCACCGGCCAAGCCCCUGCCCUACCCCUCCCGCUCCAAAAACCCAUGUGUCUCCUCUGCCCCCCACCCCAGCGCUCCCCAUCUCAGUCCUCCCUCCUCCCUGGAGCCCUCUCCCACCCUUCCCCCCCCUCCCCCCGCAAGGCCCCCCAGGCCUCUCUCUCCGGCGGGCCCCGAUGCCCCGCCCCUCCCAGGGCGUGAACUGCUCUGCUCCGGGUCCCCUGCCCCAGCCUGGAUGCUCACGUGCGUGUGCUCGAGAUACUAGGCUGAUGAGUGAAUAAACGGGGGGCCUGGGCAUUGCCCACCUGAGUAGGACCUGGCUGGCUGGCUCCCGGGCCCUGCCCUGGCAUUGCAUGUGGGUCCCCGGGACUCAGGGAGGACGAAGCUCUGGGGGCACUGGGUCGGGGAGUGGGGUGCCGGCUGCCGGGCUGCCGGUGCCAGGUCUCCAGGUUGGGGUGGGCCUUUCGCUUCAGACCUCUUAGAGUCGCUGUCUCCCGCUGUGGAAGGGAACCUCGUGGGGGGUCCCGGGAGCAGAGGCUUGGGGUCCACCCAGGAGUGUUGGCCGCAGUGACGCAAGUCUGCACCUUCCAGAUCUGGAAUGCAAGCUGUCCUCCUCACGGCGUUGCUGGGUUCCCCUGGGACGGGGUCUGCAGCUGGGGGGGGGGGGCGCCGGCGAGCACCCCGCUGGAGCAGCCUGCCCUGCCACCAGCUCCUGCCUGCCCUGCCGAGCUCGCUGCCUUUGCGGGCGCCUCCUUCUUCCGAGGGUAAAUCAGGUUACCCACAGCUUUUCCUCGAGGAAUAAGGAGGCAGCCUUUGAAACCAGGACAGAUGGCAGCCCUUCUCCAGGGGGAGCUGGCUCAUUAAUCGUUUCUAAAUUAGUCAGAGGGAUGGUGGGACUUCACGGGCUCUGGGAACCCACGGAGCCACCUUCCCAGCCCCAGCGGGGGGGCUGCAGCUUCUGCUCUGGCCCAGCCGCCUGGUCUCAUGCUUCCUUCCUUCUCUCCCUCCCCUGCCCCUCCCCAUUCUCUCCCCAGACCUAAGCAGCUUCUAGAAAUGUCUGGGAGAGAAGAGCCUGCCUGCAGGGGGCUGUGGGAAAGGACAGUGGGCCAGGGGGCAUCAGGCUGGUCCAGGGCUGGGCCCUGAGUGCCCCAGCUGGGACGCAGUGGGGACAGUGGCUCGGGGCUGCUCCAGGCCCCCUCUCGAAGGGCAGGGGUGGGAGGGGCAGGCACAGCUGCAGUGGACACAGGCCAGGCGGGGCAGAGGGGCCAGCCAGGACCAGGGCAGGGCCGGGAGGCCGGUGGGCCGACGGCCAGGCAGGGCCAGGGCUGGCAGGGCACCUCAGAGCUGACAUAGGCGCUCAGGUGCCCAGCGCACGUGGUGGAGGCUUGAGUCUGGGGGCGGCCGGGACUAGGCCCGAGACGUGGGCUGGGGGUCUGUUCGGGCUCCAGCUGCAGGGGCAGAGCUCCCGGCACUGUGAUGGUGGGUCUGGGGCCUCUGAUCCUGUCUCCUCAGACGUUGUUGCUGAUGGUGGCCACUCCCUCAGCUCCUCCCGGCUGUACCAGCAUUGGGGAACCUCCACCGGCCUGCUGGACACAGAGCCCGGGACGCCUGCACCCUGGGGCCUGGGGUCCAGGCCAGCUCGCCAUUCAGGGACUUGGGGAGGACUUGCCUCUCCGGCUGCUGUUUCCUCUCCUGUAAACCAGGCCGUGGACCCCUUCAGCCUGUGCACCAAGGGGCUGGUGAGAGCCAGUGCAAAGACCCAGGCCGACUCUGCUCAGGGGCUCCCUUCCCUGUGCCCCCGACAGAGACCCCUCCCCACUCCCCCGACUUGUGUCCUCGGGCUCUCUCUCCUCUUUUGGACUCUACGAUCCCUGAGGGCAUGGUCCUCCUCCGCCCCCAGUACAGCCGGGAUGGAAAAUGAGCUCUCACCCUGUCUGCAAACCUGACUGACACAGAGGAGAGGAAGCUGUCCUGACAGAGGGUCACCAGCCCACCUCUGUCCCCAGGAGGGAGGCAGGGCCCCCUCUGCUGAGCUUCCCGCCCCACUGACCUCCUCACUGUUCAGUCUCCCUGCAUCUCUGGGGCCCAUAUCACAGAUAGGUAAGUGGGGCUGAGGGCGGAGUCACUCACGGAGGCCACCCAGCCUCAGACAGCGUCUCGGGGGUCAAACCAGGCAGUCUGGGGCCUUGACCCCGAGGCUGCCUGAACCCACACCCCACCCCCGUCCGGGGCCAGCAGCCAGAGCACCCCUACGCUCCCAUCACAGGCCCCACAGGCUUGUGGGAUGGAGGCGAGCCCAGCAGACACUCUCGCUGGAUGCCCACCUGGCCCCCAGGGCCAGCACCUGGAGAGGACAGGCCUGGCAGCCCCCCUCUGGAUGAGGGGAGCCUGCGGUGGAGGCCGCCCGGCCCCGCCCACACUCCCUGGAAGGGCCGCCCGGCCCCGCCCACACUCCCUGGAAGGGCUGCCCGGCCCCGCCCACACUCCCUGGAAGGGCUGCCCGGCGCACUGGGCCAGAGCCGCAUGUUUUCCGGCUUUGAUGAAAACCAGCUUGUUCUGUCCAAGCCUGGACCCGGCCCAGGCUUCCAGAAGGGGCCGAGCCAGCCCGAGUCUCACACUUGGCUCGGGGAAGGCCCGUUCUCUCCAAGCAUUCCUGAGCCUCCGCUCCGCCCGCCUGCUCUGCCCGCAGGUGUGCGGGCCCGGCUGGCCCAGCAGAUGCAGCUCUUGGUGAAAGCUGACCCCAGGGCAGGUGUGGGUCUGGGCUGGGAUGAAGGGAAACUGAGGCCCCAGGGGUGGUCACCUCCCCUGGUGGUCAGGCUGGCCCCUGAGUCUCAGAUCUGUGUGCCUCACUGCUUCAGACAAGCCUAUGGCGGGGCCUGGGGCCUGGGGUUCAUGGGGCUGUCUCCCCCAGAGAGCAGGGGGGCUGGGAUGGGACAGGGAGUAGUUUGUGGUGGGCGAGGGUACCCCUCCUCCAGGGCACCAGACCUCUCGGAGGCCGCUCGUUCUUCUCUGGGAGCAGCACUCAGCGCUGGCCCGAGGCUGGGAACGGCAGUGCCAGGCCUGGCUCCCAGCAAGCGCAGCUGGUUCUCUUCUCUGGCUGGAGUCCAUGGCGUCGCCUGCUGUGACUGGGGAGCCUCCAGGACGCCCUGCAGGCCGAGCAGCCACACCCAAGCCAGACGGGAGGAGGAAGCCGAGACUCAGGCUGGGGACGCAGCCGCUCGCGGCUGGAGCUCGGCUCCGUACUGACGUUUCAGAGCCUCAGCCCUUCACCUGCGAGGUGGCGCCCACAGCCUGGUGCCUCCAGGUCAACCACGGGAUGGUGGGGCAGCGGCCUGGCCCGGGGCCCGCCGGCCAGGUCAGAGGCGGUGAGGCCCUCGCGGCUCCCGCCGGGCCCGGAACGGCCACUUUCUGUUUUGUGAGCCGGGAGCCGGACUAGAACCCUCGCUGGCCCCGCCUGGGCCUCGUCUCCAAGUCCCUCUUGGAGUCACACAAGGAUCUAGCCAAGAGCUCCAGGACCCAGCGCUAAAGGGCUAGGGGACCCCGCGUGUAGCCCCACAUGGCGUGAAACGUGUGAAGGAGGUCAAAGGCCCGCUCUUUGCCGGACAGACUACGUGGAUGCAUUUUGGAAAUGACAAAUAUCAAAUCCUUCCAGAAACGGUCGCCGGAGGUCCGCCCCGCCGAUGCCCAAGGCGUGCCGAUGCGCAACCCCGAGCGCCCGCCUGAACCGCGGGGGGAAGCCGUGGCUGUGAGCCGAAGGACAGGCCGCACCAGGCUCCUCUCUGGGAAGCCCCUGCUGCCCCAGGCCCACGGGCUCCGGGGGCUCAGCCCCCCUCCAGGGCGGGAUCUGCCCCAGGGCGGUGAGACAGCCUGUCCUAGCUUCCCCCAGUGCCAGGCUCACCCCACCCCGAGCCAGGCCUGGCUACCUGCCCACUCCAUAACGGGGAAAGCUGAGGGGAUCCAGGCCGCUUGGAGUGGGUUCCCCAGGAAAGAGGGUCCCUCUCGCGGGAGGGAGGGAAGGCGGCUGGGCACGCAGGAGCAACGCUCGACUCCUGACGGACCCGCCACUCUCGGGUCAAGGCCACGUGUCACCCCACACCAGGUGGUCCUGGAGAUAGACCGCAGGCUCUGCUGUGUGCCCCAUGUGUCUGGCUAGUCCCCGGUCCUCUGAGCACACCUGGACAGGUGGGGGCAGGGCCCGGGGCAGCGCCUGGUCUCAUCUGAUCAGACUCUCUUGCACCUGGGGACACAGUGGCCAGGAGGGGUCAGUCCUGCCUGAGGACGCAGGACUGCUGUGACAGCCCAGGGUGUGGGUGGAAAGAAAGACCGUCUCCAUCUGGCCAUCGCUGGCUGAGGUCGCGUGGAAUCAGCUGCUGAGCUGGCUGCUCCUUGCAGGCAGGGACAGGGCAGGGCACAUGGCAGGUGACACCCUGGGUGACAACUCGAUGGGGAGGCCUGGAGAUCCAGGCCCUGGGGCCAUGUAGAGCACACGGUCACAAAGGCGCCCCAGCUCGUGGCCAUUUGACUAAAGAAGGAACAAUCUGGAAGAAAAAAGGCUGGCCCAGAGGGGAGGGUGUCUGCGGCUCAGGCCUCCUGUCUUUGGGCCCAGGGGAUGCUCUGUGAAAGGGGGGCUUUUGAUGAUGGGGGGUCACCCGGCCAGGCCGCACACCCACACCACCAUCGUACCCUGAGAGCACCUGGACCGAGCUGACCUGUGCUCUGGCCGUUCCUGCCGGCCUGGGGGCCUGGGGUUGGAAAGGCCCACAGGUUGGCACCUGUGGGGAGAGACUCUGGCCCUGCCCCCUCCCCACAUCCCAGCCCUCCCCUCGGCCGCUCUCAUCCCAGUGCCCCAGAUCCUGCUUCUGGAAAUACACUUGCAAUUAAAUCAAAAGGCCCAAGCGCUGCCUGGAGAGCCAAGCGGUGGUUACACAACCCUCAUCCCCGUGGCUCCCAGCGGCCCAGAAAACACACGUGCCGCCCAGGCCGUGCUCUGGUCCUGGUUGCAGCCUCCCGGAUGGGGCGAGCAUGGGCUCCAGGAAGUGUGGGUCCAACCCAGGCACCCUCCCUGCUGGAAGGCAGGAGGAGGGCAGGGAGCUGGUGUGGCUCCGGGACCUGGUUGCCCUCUGCCCUCUGCCCUCUGCUUGCAGGUCCCUCAGGGCUUCAUGUGGGAGGACACAGCCCCUUCCCCGGUCUGGCUAACAGACACAGUGUGUGCAGCACAAGGUGACCCGACAAGCGGCCGCCCGUUUCCAGGCCGAGUCUUGAGGGAGACAGUCGUGCUGAGCAGAGCAGCAUUGCCUGAGGGUGGGCUCCAGGACGGGAGGGGCAGCCAGACUGUGGGCUGGAUUCUCAGGGCUGGGAGAGGGGUGACAGCCCCCUGGGACGUGCCCGGAGAGGCUGGUGGCGGCUCAGGCACGGGGGCAGCCCCAGGGAUCAGGGCCCCCACUGGAACAAGGCUGAGAGCUGGCCAGCCCGCAGGGUCCCCAAGUCCGGACUCGCUGGCCACCGGCCACCAGGAGGGGCUGCAGCAGGAGUGGCGGCACCAGCCUGGGGCAGGGCUCUCUGGGCCGGUGGACCCUCUGCUGCCCCUGCCCCGGGCCCGCUCCUGCCUCCUGGGCAAUGGCUGGGAGUGACCGGGCCGCGUCACAGCUGAGAGGCUCUGGCAGAGCUGGUGCUGGCCGCCUGCCCUGGGCAACAGGACACUUCCGGGGCAGGAGGUGUUUACGGCCCUUUGACCAAGAGGAGCCCAGCCAGGCCCUGUUGUGUGGCCCAGGCCCAGCACCGGGCCCUCCUCCCUGCCCCGCCCCCUCCGGCCCCUUUCUUUGCUAAGUGUCCACAACAUGAAAACUCAGAGGGUUCUCCUGGCAUUGGCUUUCCCUUAAAAACAACGUGUGCUGCCUUUUCCAGUGAGGGAGCUGAUUUGUCAGUACAGUGGAACAUCUGCAAAACCAGACGUCACUCGUACAUCCAUAGACGAAGGGACCGUGGUGAGCACACUAGCCACGCCCUUCUAGCCUGUCCCCAGGACUCCUCUCGCCCAUUCUGUGCCGGCCUUAGCAGUAGACAGGGUCCCUGUCACAGUCGUGCCCUGGCAGGGAAACCAACGUGCAGACCUGCGAGAGACCAGGCACCAACAGGGAUGAACCGGGUGUGCAGGGGCCGCCGUCCAGCCGGGCUGGCUACAGGGCGGGCGGCCCAGCUGAGGACGGGACAUUUAAAAACAUCUGUUUGUAUAAAGGAGGCAGCAGUGGGGAUAUCUGGGGAGAGUGUUCUGGGCAGAGGGCAAAGCAAGUACAGAGGCCCUGGGGCAGGAGAUGGUUCGUGGCAGGAGCAGAAAGGGCCAGUGAGUGAAGCCCUUGAGUUGGGCAAGCCUGGGGAGGCUGGGAUCCCUGCGGGCCUCAGAGGCCCAGACAGGGGGCGGGUGUUUGGGGCAGGCAGGUUGGGGAGGCGGGGGGGGGGCAGGGAUGUGCAGGGGCCCGGCAUGUAGAGGGUGUCCGUAGCAGGGUGCAAACCUGACAUUCUGUGGUUUAACUUUCAGCAGCCCUUCCUGCCCUGGGGGGGGGAGGGGGCUGCCAAGUUUGUCUCCAGGGGAAACUGCUUAUUUGUUUAGGAAGAUAUGUUAACGGACCUUUCAUUUCUAAAAGGAAAAUUCCAGGGCUUAGUCUGGACUGGAAUCAAAACAGAGUCAAAGUGUCCCCCCCCAAGAAGGAGGCACUCUGGAAGUAAAGCUAUUAGGUGACCCCCCCCACACAAACCUUGGCCCUGCAGCAGGGGAGGGAGAGGGAGAAGGCUGGACCACGAGGUAAGGGGUAAAUCGGACCUAGUUUUCAGUUAAUUUCUCUGGUGGCUGGAGAGGUUAAGUACUUUCACUUUAGACAUUUGAAUUAUUUUAUGUAAAUUGUUUUAUCCUAGUCUUUCCCCAUUUUCCAUUGGGAUAUUUGUCUUUUUAAUUAAUUUUGGAAAUCCUCGUCUGUCACAAAUAUUUUUUCCGAUUUGUCACUUGGCAUUUAAUUUUUCAAAGAUAUUUGUAUAUAUAAAAAUGUUCAAAUUGUAUGCCCUCAAAUUUAUCCAUAUUUUCCUUUCAUGACUAUUCUUUGGGUUAAUACUUAGAAAGCUCUUACCAAAUUUAAAACUGGUGCAGUGCCUCCGUGCGCCUUUUUAAUCUAUACCAUGAUUUUCUUCUUUAUUUGCUUCUCUAAUCCAUCUGGAAUUUAUGUGGGUACUUGGCUAGGGAUAUAAGUUUAUUUUUCUCUCCAGAUAAUUAACCAAUUAUCCUGUCAGUGUUUGUUGAACAUUCACUAUGUAAGAGUUCUCCUGCUUGGUCUGGUACUUUGACUAAGACUUAAUAAAGGGGGUGACUCAGAGACGUGGGCAGGGUUUAAGGCAACAGAGAGGGACUGAGCCUUGCCCAGGAGUGUGGAACUGGGGGGUUCUGGACCUGAAGCUGCACAGACAGUGUCACAGGGCCCCACAGGGCAGCUGUUUGCAGAGACCCUGCAGGGUCCUGCCCCUGGGGAAGAGACACAGCCAGUCCAGAGCAAGCUGGCUGAGCCCGUCAGGAAAGAAUUCCCUGGCCUCUCUCUCCUCCCACAUCCCCCCUGGCAGGUGGAGGAGUUCUCAAAGGCAGAGGGAAACCUCUGCAGUCUCACCCCUCAGGGGGGAUCUCCUCAGCCCCUCCCCCGGGGUGGUCACCAGAUUGCCACCUCUCCUCUCGAAGCCCUGGGGCCAAGGGGGCCCGACCUGCUGGGCAGGCAAGUAAGGAGCAGACCGGGUCUAACUCAAACUGCUGUCAGCCCCGCCCAGCUCCAUCCUCCCCUGGACGGACCAGUCCAGCCCUCACUCCUCUGUCUAGAAGGUAAUGUCUAGUGGAAGGGACGUCACCUGGAUAUCACCGGUUCUUUCAUGCACAGUGUUAAGCUUGUAACCAACCAUUACCAAACAUGGAAGAGGCAAGAAAACAGGACCCACAAUUAGGAGGAAAAAGUAGACAAUAAAAGUGGACCCGAAGAUGGAUGCUAGAGCUAGCAGACAAGGACUUUAAAAGAACUGUGAUGAGUGUAUUGCAGAAAACUGAGGAAAAGAUGAAUAAAUAAGCAGAUGAAAAACGGAAAAUUUCACCAGAGAAUUGAAGUCUUAAAAUAUGAUUUAAAUUAUAAAAAGACAUCAAUGGACGUUUAACAACUACAAUAGUCAAUCAAGGGCUUUAACAGCAGAACACAGGAUUGGUGAACUGGAGGGCAGGUCAAUGGAAAAUACCCAAACUGAAGCACAGAGAAUGAAAACAGAGAAACAUGGAACAUGCUCAAAAGUUCUAACGUACUUAGAGUUCCCGAAAGAGAGGAGAGAGAAUGAGGCAGAAGCAAAGUGCAAAGAGAUAAUGACCUAGAAUUUGCCAGAACCGAUGAAAGACAUCAACCCAUGAAUUCAAGAGGCCCUGCAAACCCCAGGCAGAAAAAUAAGGAAAUGAUUAACUCCAGGAAAAUAUUAGGUUGUAUAACAAAGGGAAUACAAUCAAAUGACAUUUCAUGGCUCGAGUCUGAAUGGCAUUGACCUAAUCUAAUAACACAGCCAUCCAUUUUGAUUUAAUAAAAAAUUGUGAUAAAUUCCAUAAAAGUGGGGGAAGAGAAGUUCAUGGGUCUGUGUGGGGCAGAGGCAAAGGGAGAAUUUACCUUCAUCUUCCAAACCAGGGAGCUGAUAGAGAACACCUAGAACUGAAAAAUCAAGCCAUGGUAGGUAAGUAUGUUGUUUAGAAGUGGAUUGGUAAAUAGCUGGGGGGAUCUCUAAAAAGAGCUGAAGGCAGUGACCCCUGGGGAGCAGCGAGAGGAGAGGGUUAUGCAUUAUAUAACCCCAGACGGGCUUGACGUUUAAGGUUGAUAAUGAAUGUUCAUCGACAGAGGAAUGGAUAAAGAUGAUGUGCUACAUACACACAGUGGAAUACUACUCACCCAUAAAAAGGAAGGAAAUAAUGCCAUCUGCAGCA